GACUAAUUUAAGACGGUAAAAGCAAGCUUAUUACAGGGGAAAAACAUGUUUGCAGGAGACCAGAAUGGUUUACAAGAUGACCCAAGGCUGAAGGCCAUUUCUGAAGCCAUUAGAGUUGUGCCUCACUUCCCAAAGCCAGGAAUUAUGUUCCACGACAUAACCACACUGCUACUUGAUCACGUAGCCUUCAAAGAUGCCGUCGACAUCUUUGUUGAUCGUUAUAGAGAUAUGGGUAUUUCUGUUGUCGCAGGAGUUGAAGCUAGAGGAUUUAUGUUCGGUCCAUCGAUUGCAUUGGCUAUUGGUGCCAAGUUUGUUCCCUUACGUAAACCCAGGAAGUUGCCAGGAGAGGUGAUCUCCGAAGCAUACGUACUGGAAUACGGCAAAGAUUGUUUAGAGAUGCAUGUGGGAGCUGUUCAUCCUGGGGAACGCGUCCUAGUUAUUGACGAUUUGGUGGCUACAGGUGGAACUCUUUCUGCUGCAAUACGUCUAUUAGAAAGAGUUGGGGCACAAGUGGUUGAAUGCGCAUGUGUUGUUGGACUACGUGAGGGACAACAUGGACUAAAUGAAAAGCCAUUGUAUAUUCUUGUGGAGCCACGGCAGCAGAUUAAUUGCUCUGCGCAUUCUGGUAGUGGCGUUGGCGUUGAAACAUGCAGACAAGACGAUCUGGUUGUCGGAGGAAACUUUGGUUCCCCAGUGAAUACCACUUCAAAAACCGAUUAGUGUUUUCCUUUCAAACCUUUGGUUGCCCUGCGUAAUCCUUUUUACCGUGAAACCAGUUCAUCUGUGAGGCUGUUUUAGUUUUACUUUUUCAUGCAAGU